AUGGAGGGGAGCCCCAUCCCGGUGCUGACGGUGCCGACGGCGCCCUACGAGGACCAGCGGCCGGCCGGCGGCGGGGGGCUGCGAAGGCCCACCGGGCUCUUCGAGGGUCAGCGCAACUACCUGCCCAACUUCAUCCAGAGCGUGCUGUCGUCCAUCGACCUGCGCGACCGCCAGGGCUGCACCAUGGUGGUGGGCAGCGACGGCAGGUACUUCAGCAGGACGGCCACGGAGAUCGUGGUGCAGAUGGCCGCGGCCAACGGGAUUGGUCGGCUGAUUAUUGGACAGAAUGGCAUCUUGUCGACACCUGCUGUAUCCUGCAUUAUCAGAAAGAUCAAAGCAGCUGGUGGAAUCAUCCUGACAGCCAGCCACUGCCCUGGAGGACCAGGGGGAGAGUUUGGAGUGAAAUUUAAUGUUGCCAAUGGAGGUCCUGCGCCAGAUGUCGUCUCAGACAAAAUCUAUCAGAUCAGCAAAACAAUCGAGGAAUACGCCAUAUGCCCUGAUUUACGAAUCGACCUGUCUCGACUAGGAAGACAAGAGUUUGACCUGGAGAACAAAUUCAAACCGUUUAGAGUGGAGAUAGUGGACCCAGUGGAUAUCUAUCUCAACCUCCUUCGGACCAUCUUUGACUUUAAUGCCAUCAAGAGUUUGCUGACUGGGCCCAGCCAACUGAAGAUCCGAAUUGAUGCCAUGCACGGAGUUAUGGGACCCUAUGUGAGAAAAGUCCUGUGUGAUGAGCUGGGGGCCCCAGCCAAUUCUGCAAUCAACUGUGUCCCCCUGGAAGAUUUUGGAGGACAGCAUCCUGACCCCAACCUGACAUAUGCAACGACCCUUCUGGAAGCUAUGAAAGGAGGGGAAUAUGGGUUUGGAGCUGCAUUUGAUGCUGAUGGGGACCGUUAUAUGAUCCUAGGCCAAAAUGGCUUCUUCGUGAGCCCUUCCGACUCCCUGGCCAUCAUUGCCGCCAACCUCUCUUGCAUUCCGUAUUUCCGUCAGAUGGGGGUCCGAGGGUUUGGGAGGAGUAUGCCCACCAGCACAGCCCUGGACAGAGUGGCCAAAUCAAUGAAGGUCCCUGUGUAUGAGACCCCAGCUGGAUGGAGAUUCUUCUCAAAUUUGAUGGACUCAGGCCGGUGCUCUCUGUGUGGAGAAGAGAGCUUUGGCACUGGCUCUGAUCACCUCCGGGAGAAAGAUGGCCUCUGGGCUGUCUUGGUCUGGCUCUCCAUUAUCGCUGCCCGGAAGCAGAGUGUGGAGGAAAUUGUCCGAGAUCACUGGGCCAAAUUUGGCCGCCACUACUACUGCAGGUUUGAUUAUGAGGGCUUAGAGCCCAAGACGACCUAUUACAUCAUGAGGGACCUGGAGGCCUUGGUCACAGACAAGUCCUUCAUUGGCCAGCAGUUUGCUGUGGGGAGCCACGUCUACAGUGUGGCGAAGACAGACAGCUUUGAAUACGUGGACCCCGUGGAUGGCACUGUGACCAAGAAACAGGGCCUGAGGAUCAUUUUCUCAGAUGCAUCUCGGCUCAUCUUCCGGCUCAGUUCCUCCAGUGGUGUGCGGGCCACCAUCAGACUGUAUGCAGAAAGCUAUGAGAGGGAUCCCAGUGGUCAUGACCAGGAACCCCAGGCAGUGCUGAGCCCUCUCAUAGCCAUCGCGCUGAAAAUAUCCCAGAUUCACGAGAGAACCGGCCGGAGGGGCCCGACUGUCAUCACCUGA